AUGGGCGAGCACAACCUGCUGAACCCCGGCUUCGUGGGGCCGCUGCUCAACAUCCACACGGGCGACGCCUUCUACUUCCCCAACUUCCGCGCGUCGGGCGCGCAGCUGCCGCCGCUGCCGUCGCUGCCGUACCCGCGGCGGGACAACUUCGCCUCGCUGCCCGCCUGGGCGCCCUCGGAGCCGUGCGGGCCGUACCCGCAGCCCUGCCUGGGCUUCGGCCGCGCCUGCGAGCUCGCCCGCGCCGAGGACGCCAAGUGCUGCUACCGCGACGGCGACAAGGGCCGCGAGGGCCGGGACCCCGCGCCGCUGCUGCCGCUGGAGCCGCCGCCCGCGGGCAGCGCCGCCGGCGCGGGCAACGCGGGCAACGGCGGCGCGCCGGAGCCGCCGAGCUGCGCGUCCCUGGAGUCCGACUCGGGCUCCUCGCUGCUGGCCGAGGGCAAGGGCGACGCGCCCGCCAUGGUGUCCCCGCUGAGCGCCGCCGGAGCGGGUGAGGCAACGGGCGCGCCCUGGUACCCGCUGCACACGCGGGCGCGGAAGAAGCGCAAGCCGUACUCCAAGCUGCAGCUGGCCGAGCUGGAGGGCGAGUUCCUGGUGAACGAGUUCAUCACCCGGCAGCGCCGCCGCGAGCUCUCGGACCGCCUGAACCUCAGCGACCAGCAGGUGAAGAUCUGGUUCCAGAACCGCCGCAUGAAGAAGAAGCGGCUCCUCCUCCGCGAGCAGGCGCUGGCCUUCUUCUAA